CAACUCACAGUGGUAAAACUCCAGUUAACACCAGACCAGUGUUCUACCAAGUGAUACUUUAUAAAAGACAUAGAUACCUCAUAGAAACACGUUUUUAACAGUACCAACAUUUUCAUAUUAGAAACACGAAAUGUGUAAUUUGACGCUGCUUCUCGCUGUCUCGUGUUUGAUCUUCGGGGGCGUUUCCCAUGUGACAACAGCUCCCGGACUGAAGACGAAACCCACGGUGAGUCCUACAGUCAGUGAGAAGACAACGAGCACCCCGACAUCCACCCCGACUACAGUAACCACUGAAAUGCCGACUACAGUAACCACUGAAAUGCCGACUACAGUAACCACUGAAAUGCCGACUACAGAGACAAUGCCCACGGAAAUUAGCACCAUGGAAACUGGCACCACUGAAACUGAAACUACUGGAACUGGGACAACUGGAACUGGGACAACGCAAACUGGGACAACGCAAACUGGGUCGACUGACACGAGCUCCACGAAAACUGGAUCAACCGGAACCAGCACCGGGUCAUCAGUAUCGUCUCCGUCUCCAACCAAAGCGCCUACAACAUCCGCGCCGGCAAAGCAUGGGUUUGACGCGGGUUCAUUUGUCGGAGGAAUUGCUCUUGGAGUUGGCGUCUUUGCCGUUUCUUUUAUUGCCUACAAAUGUUAUGUGUCACGUAAACAAAAGCAGCAGUACAAAGCAAUGUGACAAACCACAGCUGUAAUAUAAUAAUUGUCAAAGGUGCAUAGUUGUCUGAAAGCAAUUUAUUUGGUAUUUCUGAUUGGAACUUACAGUUUCUUUCUUAGACUAUUCAUUUUUAUACACUCAGGGUCUUCUUGGUUGUCGUAAUGUCCGCAUUAUCUCAAGACUGUCUUGAUUUUAUUUUUUAUUUUUGUAUACCCAGUGUAUCCUUGGUUGUAAUAAUGUCCACACAAUCUUAAUACUGAUUUGAAUAUUUAUUUGUGGUAGUCCUAAUGUCCACAUCAUCUGAAGACUGUCUUGAUUUGAAUUUUCAUUUGUGUAGAAAUACAUCUUAGUGAAUCGACAGGAUGCGUGACAAACUAGAACACUUCUACUUAACACGAACAUGAGAAUGUAUACACCCCCAAUUUACACGUCCUUAAUAGAGGGUUAUACAAGGUUUGUUUUAACAACACAACUAGAACACAAUGCUAGAUGUUUUCGUUACGAGCAAGUGCUCUUUAAUAUGCUCUUUUCCACAAGACAAGACAGCACAUACAACAGUCUUUUGCACUGGUUGGGAUGGGAAAAAAUACAAUAAGAGAAUGGGUCCACUGGGGUGAUUCGACUAAUAGAUGAUUUUGUAGUCCAAAUCCAUUUUACUUGACAAGAAGUGAAACAAUUACUAUUAUAAGCAAAACGCGACGCAACAUAAUACAAAUACCUCGUAUGAGGACAGCCGAUUGUGACGAGACAAACAUUACUAUUCUCGUAUGGGACACUCGUAUCGUGUGGCGUCGCCUUUAGAAAGAAAUACCACACGCAUUUCUGUAAGAGUACCAAGUAUCUUUAACAUGUGUUAACACAUGGAAAUGCAUGAUGAAGGAGAGAGAGAGAGAGAGAGAGAGAGAGAGAGAGAGAGAGAGAGAGAGAGAGAGAGAGAGAGAGAGAGAGAGAGAGAGAGAGAGAGAGAGAGAGAGAGAUGGGGGGUAUUAGGUAUUGGGGGCAUGCAAAACAAAAUAUGGAUUAUUCGUAACCUCUUCUGAUUCAUUUGCAAGGCAAACUGACACGGAAGAUGCAAAUAUUUUGACAACAAUAUAACACUUAUAUUUGACAAAUAAUACUUUGUUAAGACUAUUCUUGUGAUUGAUCGACAUAUAUACUCUAUAGCUUAACUACAUAUGAGUCAAUCAAGGAUUGUCGUGUGAUAUGUAUAGGAUAUUAAACGAGCUUCCAUUUUGUGUCAAGUUUAAAUUCAGAGUGGAACAAUUUUAGGUACAUAAAUUAAGCUCGUAAUACAAAAUGGAGCGAGUUUAAUAUCCUAAUUAUUACGUAAUAGAAUCGGGUCAUAAACAAUAUCAAGUUCAUGUUCUUUAUUGUUUUAAGGUGGUUUUUUUACAAGUUACUUAUCAUCAUAAUACAAUGUACACAAAAUAAUAAAUAUAUACAGGAUAUGUACAUGAUUAUGGUAGACAGUGAUUUAGUAAAUAAUUUUGAUGAUGAUGAUAAUAAUAAUAAUAAUAAUAAUAUUAAUUAAUUAAUUAAUUAAGGUUCUAUUGACUUAUAUUAUUUAAUACAUACAAGUCAUUAUUAAGUAUACUGAGAGAUACGUGUAUUAUUGGUUUAAUAUACAUGUAAUCGAAUAGUACUAUACUGAAUAAAUAGAAGUAAUGUUAAUAUUAACACACACACCCCACUCAAGGACGAAAAUAACUUUAUUUUUGUCCAACUCUGUAUAAAUAAAGGUUAACAUAUGGUUCGUGUCUAAUAUCAAAACCUAUAUUACUAUUAGCUCGGCCAUUUACCUUCCGACCGACCUUUCAAAAUUGCGCCAAAUUCCCUCAAUCAAAAUUGCGCACCCUUUUCUCUUUAGCAUUUAACUGCUCCAUUC